AUGUUAUAUGAGCUGGUAGGAAUAGUACGUGUCCUAAGCCCUUCAAUGCCAAACAAAGAGGCCAAGGAUUUAGUCGCCACGAUUGGAAAAUUAGUGAUUCAGAACAGAGGUGUGGUGAGAAAGAUACUACCAAUAGGAAAUAAGUUAUUGCCAAAAGUUAUGAAAAAAGAUCAAGAGCAGCAUUUUCAAGGCUAUCAUUUCUUGAUGCUUUUCGAUUCUUCAGCAGCCGUGCAGUCUGAAAUUUUAAGGACUUUGAAAAAUGAUCCAAGGGUAAUCAGAUCGUCGAUUAUCAAAGUCCAAAAUGACAAGCAACUGGAUAUGGCUUCUUCUGUGGAAAGAUCUUUAGGUUAUAAUUCAAUUUUGGAAAAGGUGAAUAGAAAUUUCAUGUAG